CUCGGUUUGUCCAGUCGAUUAUGAGCAGAUAAUGUGUAAGCAUCUUGUUGAGCACCUAUAUUCGGUUAGAACAAGUUUACGAUCCAGCAGUGAAAAUGGGCCAACGAGUCUCGAGAACCGAAUUUGAAUGGGUUCAUAAUGAUCAACCGCAUAUUGGACGGCGUGAUGCCAUGCUGAAGAAGUAUCCGGAAAUUAAAAAGUUGUUCGGUCCGGAUCCAUCGCUCAAAUUGAUCGUGUCCGCGUUGGUACUGAUCCAGUUCAUCAUGCUGUAUGUGCUGCAAGACCAGUCGUGGAAAGUGAUUGUCCUGGUGGCGUACAUCUUCGGUGGCGUUAUCAACCACUCGCUUAUGGUUGCCAGCCAUGAGAUCGUGCACAACAUUCCGUUCGGACACGCCAGACCUCUGGCGAAUCGUUACUUUGGCAUGUGGUGUAAUAUACCGAUCGGAGUGCCUUUUUCAGUUACCUACAAAAAGUACCACACACUGCAUCAUAAGUAUUUAGCAGAAGAAGCCCUGGACCACGAUAUCCCGACGGUUUUGGAGGCCAAACUGUUUUCUACCACACUCGGAAAGUUAGUGUUUCUCAUCGUUCAGCCCAUAUUUUUCAUAACGAGGCCGUUCUUUGUCAAUCCUAUGCCAAUCCAGAAGCUAGAAAUAAUCAAUGCUGUUGUGCAAGUGGCUUUCGAUGCACUAGUGGUGUUCCUUUUCGGCUGGAAAAUGCUCUCCUACUUGCUGAUCUGUUCCUUUUUUGCACUGAGCCUCCAUCCGAUAUCGGGACAUCUUAUCUCCGAUCACUACAUGUUCAAGAAGGGAUUCGAAACCUACUCCUACUAUGGACCACUGAACUGGAUCCAUUUCAACGUCGGCUAUCACAAUGAGCACCACGAUUUUCCUGCUAUCCCGGGAAGUAAACUACCGGAGGUGAAAAAAAUUGCGCCAGAAUUUUACGAAACGAUCCCCUACCACACAUCAUACCUUCGAGUGAUGUAUGAUUUUGUGAGAGACCCAACCGUCGGACUUUACGCGCGGAUCAAGCGGAAACCGCUGGAAAAGGCAGGAUAGAAAGUGCUAUGAUAGCAUUUACCUCAUCAAGGCAGUUAGCGUGUUAUUCGUUUGAUCCAUCAAUCGAUGCUAGAUUAAGGAAGUGAAAAAUGAUCCAAUAUAAAUAAGUGGUGAUGACGUAAUUUAUUCAUAUGUGAAGAAUAGUAGUAAGGGUACAAGUCUGAACUUCAACGUAGUAAUAAAGAUACAAAUUUGAACUUAAUAGCGGUAAGCUAGAAUGUGUCAAUAAAAAUUUCCAGCUUUCGUGAAAUCCCAUUAUCUUGCGCACCAACUAUUGCAUGCUUCAACUGGCGGGUUCAUUGCUUAUUCAAAACGGCAGCGUUGAAAUCGUUCCAUAAAUUUUACGAACAAGUUUGUGUUCUUAGUUAAAGGGAAGGGGGUCACAGUGAAACAUAUGUUUUCUAAGAUUUAUUUCUUAUGAAUAUGCAUGUUAUUUGUGUAGUCGAAAGUGAUAGAUA